CGAGCGCGGAGCGACUAUCGAUAUCCGCGCGAGUCGAUAAUCGAGUGAUCGAGAGUGAAAGUCUACGGCGCCCUACGCUGUGCGUUUGUGCGUUGUCGCACAUUUUUCCCAAGUACCGCGAUAGACGCGUAUCCGUCGGGCGUGAGGCUCGUCGAGACGUUGGAGCAAUCGGCCCCGAGGUUUCCCCCGUGAAUACGCGCGCGGCAACCUGCGAGCGUACGAGGCGAACCGCCAUUGCGUUACCUCCGGUAACCUCAAAGUACCGUGAACGCGCUCUGUUUUCUCCUCUCUCUCUCUCUCUCCGCGUCUUGGGGCUCUGCUUUUCUACCUCUCGAGAAAAUGCGCAGACCCUCCGUAACUUUGGUCGCCGGAGACGCCGGGGCUCCUGCUCGAAGGUUGUUCUAAGUCCCUCGCGCCCCUCGGCAAUUUUGUGCUGUUUGACGCGCAACUGAGGACGAACUGUGUAUUUACGUUACUAUGUCGAAGGCCAAAGUCUCCGCGGAGUGGAGGAAGAGGGUGAAAUCGGAGUACAUGCGGCUGCGGCAGAUGAAACGGUACAAGCGCGCGGACGAGGUCAAGAUCGCGUGGAACCAGAAUCGCAAGGUUAUGACGGAUCUUCUUAUGGCGGAACAAAAGCGCUGGACGGACGGGAAGGCAAUGUGGCUGGCGAUGCAAGACGUCCCGCCGCAUGUUUCCUGCAUGAAGAAGGCAGAGAUUACCAGUCCCGACGGCGACGUGCAAAGUUGUCCCGUGAAAAUCGUUAACGCGGUAACGCCUAUACCAACCAUGUACACGUGGGCCCCCAUUCAGCAGAACUUUAUGGUGGAGGACGAGACCGUUUUGCACAACAUUCCUUACAUGGGCGACGAGAUCUUGGAUCAGGACGGCACUUUUAUCGAGGAGCUCAUAAAGAAUUAUGACGGAAAGGUCCACGGCGACAGGGAGUCUGGUUUCAUGGACGAUUCUAUCUUCGUUGAUUUGGUGAACGCUCUGCUGAAUUACGAGAGAGACGACAAGGACCGGGAGCAGACGAGGAAAGGGAAAGAGUCGUUGAAAGAGAAAGAGAAUCAAAAGGAAAACGAGAAGAAGGACGUCGAGAAGUCCGAGAACAAGACGGAGAAAACUGACGGUGGGAAGGCAGCUCCGUUUCCGUCAAUGCAUAUAUUCAAUGCGAUAUCGAGCAUGUUCCCCGAUAAAGGCAGACCGGAAGAGUUGAAGGAGAAAUAUAUCGAACUGACAGAGAGAUCUGACCCAAACGUUUUACCGCCGGAAUGCACGCCUAACAUAGACGGUAUAAAUGCAAGGAGCGUACCUAGGGAACAGACGAUGCAUUCUUUCCAUACUCUGUUCUGCAGGAGAUGCUUCAAGUACGACUGCUUCUUACAUCCAGCCAGGGGGACCUCGCCGCAAGGUCUUCAAGUUUGCCAUCCAGGUCCGAAUUUGCUGAAGCGGAAAGGACCCGAUUUGAAACCGUUUUCGGAGCCGUGUGGAGCGGAAUGUUACAUGCAUUUGGAGGGGAUGAAGGAGAAGCUGGCAGCACAGGCAGCGGACACAAAAGAGGAAGAAGGCGACGAGAAACGCGGUGGCCCUAGGAAGGUGCGAAAACAAGCGAGCGUCGAUUCUGGAAACGAAGCAAGCAGCGAGGACAGCAACGAUAGCAAUAAGUACGGACAAGGAGGCAGUUGUCAAGACUUUAAGCAAAACGUUAACAAAAACUGCAAGCCCGAGGAAAUAAUGGAGGACCAGGCGCAGCCUGAGAAUCAGACACCCUUCACGCUAUUAGGAAUUGGCAAACGACUUAAGACGGAAAGCGAAUUUUCAUGGACAGGCUCGGAACAGAGCUUAUUCCGAGCACUUCACAAAGCCUUCCCUGGCAAUCCGUGCGCGCUGGCGCAAAUCAUGUUGACGAAAACCUGCCAAGAGGUGUACGAGUUCGCGCAGAAAGAGGCUUCGGACAUUCCCGCUAUAGAGAACCUGAAAGACUUCACACCGCCGCGAAAGAAGAAGAAGAAGCACCGAUUAUGGUCCAUGCAUUGCAGGAAGAUACAACUGAAAAAAGACUCCGGUGCUAAUCACGUGCAUAAUUUCGCGCCUUGCGACCAUCCGGGUCGUCAGUGCGACAACUCGUGUCCCUGCAUCCAGGCGCAGAACUUUUGCGAGAAAUUCUGCCAGUGUAGCAGCGAGUGCCAGAAUCGAUUUCCCGGUUGUAGAUGUAAAGCUCAGUGCAACACGAAACAAUGCCCGUGUUACUUGGCCGUGAGGGAAUGUGACCCGGAUCUUUGUCAAACGUGUGGCGCUGAUCAGUUCCAUAUCACUAAGAUAUCCUGCAAGAAUGUCAGCGUACAACGUGGUCUUCAUAAGCAUCUCCUGAUGGCACCAUCAGAUGUAGCAGGUUGGGGGAUUUUCCUGAAAGAAUCAGCCGCGAAAAAUGAAUUUAUCUCAGAGUAUUGCGGCGAAAUUAUCAGUCAAGAUGAAGCCGAUAGGAGAGGAAAGGUAUACGAUAAGUAUAUGUGCAGUUUUCUCUUCAACCUCAACAACGAUUUUGUUGUUGACGCGACAAGAAAGGGGAAUAAAAUAAGAUUCGCCAAUCAUUCGAUAAAUCCCAAUUGUUAUGCGAAAGUAAUGAUGGUAAACGGUGACCACAGAAUAGGUAUCUUCGCCAAAAGAGCAAUCCAACCUGGCGAAGAAUUGUUUUUCGACUACAGAUAUGGACCAACGGAACAACUUAAAUUUGUCGGUAUCGAGCGGGAAAUGGAGUUUCUUUAAGGAUUUAUAUUUUAUAUGUAUAACCACGCAUAUAUAAAUGAUCUGUUAAACAGAUGCAUACAGCUGAAGUAUUGAGAAUAAAAUAAACACUUGUCUGACUCGUUUCUAAAA